AUGGAGGAGUAUACACGCGAGCCGUGCCCCUAUCGCAUUGGUGAUGACAUCGGUUCGGCUUUUGCAAUGGGACUUGUUGGUGGAUCAAUCUUUCGUGCUUUUUCGGGCUUCAAGAACUCGGCAAAUGGACAAAAAAUGGUUGGAAUGGUUCGUGAAGUUCGAAUGAAGAGUCCAUUGACGGGGGUUCAAUUUGCUGCGUGGGGAGGCAUGUUCAGUACCAUCGAUUGUUGUCUUGUCGCGAUUAGAAAAAAGGAAGACCCUUUCAAUUCAAUAACUUCCGGUGCCCUCACUGGUGGACUAUUGGCAAUACGCUCAGGGCCUAGAGUAAUGGCUGGGUCUGCACUUUUGGGAGGAAUCAUUUUAGCAAUGAUCGAGGGCGUUGGAUUAGUAACUGCACGUUGGAUGGGCUCGAUGAUGGACCCAACAUCACAACCGCCAGAAGCACUUGAAGAUCCAAGAGCCCUUCCACCAGCAAAGUUGCCCUCAGAACCUGGCCUCUCACAAGCACCAAAUGAAGCGGCUCCCUUUGGGCUGCCUGGCCUCAAUAUGAAUACGGCG